AACUUCGUACUGGGCAACGCCCAGGUGGCAGGCCUCUUCCCUGUGGUCUACUGCUCUGAUGGCUUCUGUGACCUCACGGGCUUCUCCCGGGCUGAGGUCAUGCAGCGGGGCUGUGCCUGUUCUUUCCUCUAUGGGCCAGACACCAGUGAGCUGGUCCGCCAACAGAUCCGAAAGGCUUUGGAUGAACACAAGGAAUUCAAGGCUGAACUGAUCCUGUACCGGAAAAGUGGGCUUCCGUUCUGGUGUCUUCUGGAUGUGAUACCCAUAAAGAAUGAGAAGGGGGAGGUGGCCCUCUUCCUGGUCUCUCAUAAGGACAUCACUGAAACCAAGAACCGAGGGGGCCCCGACAAGUGGAAGGAGACAGGUGGUGGCCGGCGCCGAUAUGGUCGCGCAGGAGCCAAAGGUUUUAAUGCCAAUCGGCGGCGGAGCCGGGCUGUGCUCUACCACCUGUCUGGUCACUUGCAGAAGCAGCCCAAGGGCAAGCACAAGCUCAAUAAGGGAGUGUUUGGAGAGAAGCCAAACUUACCCGAGUACAAAGUUGCUGCCAUCCGGAAGUCACCCUUCAUCCUGCUGCACUGUGGGGCACUGAGAGCCACCUGGGACGGCUUCAUCCUGCUUGCCACACUCUAUGUGGCUGUCACCGUGCCCUACAGCGUCUGUGUGAGCACAGCUCGGGAGCCCAGCGCGGCGCGGGGCCCGCCCAGUGUCUGUGACCUUGCCGUGGAGGUCCUUUUCAUCCUUGAUAUUGUGCUGAAUUUCCGCACCACAUUUGUAUCUAAGUCAGGCCAGGUGAUAUUUGCCCCAAAGUCCAUUUGUCUCCACUAUGUCACUACCUGGUUCUUGCUGGAUGUCAUCGCCGCUCUGCCCUUUGACCUGCUACAUGCCUUCAAAGUCAACGUGUACUUUGGGGCCCACCUGCUGAAGACCGUGCGCCUACUGCGCCUGCUGCGCCUGCUGCCACGGCUGGACCGGUACUCUCAGUACAGUGCUGUAGUACUGACCCUGCUCAUGGCUGUGUUUGCCCUUCUUGCCCACUGGGUGGCCUGCGUCUGGUUCUACAUAGGCCAACGGGAGAUUGAGAGCAGCGAAUCGGAACUUCCAGAAAUUGGCUGGCUGCAGGAGUUGGCCCGACGACUGGAGACCCCCUACUACCUGGUAGGCCGGAGCCCUAUUGGAGGGAACAGCUCUGGGCAGAGUGAUAACUGCAGUAGCAGCAGCACGGAGGCCAAUGGGACAAGUCUGGAGCUCCUGGGUGGCCCGUCACUGCGUAGUGCCUACAUCACCUCCCUCUACUUCGCACUCAGCAGCCUCACCAGUGUGGGCUUUGGCAACGUGUCUGCCAACACAGACACUGAGAAGAUCUUCUCCAUUUGCACCAUGCUCAUUGGUGCCCUGAUGCACGCAGUAGUAUUUGGGAACGUGACGGCCAUCAUCCAGCGCAUGUACGCCCGCCGCUUUCUGUACCACAGCCGUACCCGUGACCUGCGAGACUACAUCCGCAUCCAUCGCAUCCCUAAGCCCCUCAAGCAGCGCAUGCUGGAGUACUUCCAGGCCACGUGGGCCGUGAACAAUGGCAUCGACACCACUGAGCUGCUGCAGAGCCUUCCAGAUGAGCUUCGUGCAGAUAUCGCCAUGCACCUGCACAAGGAGGUCUUGCAGCUACCGCUGUUUGAGGCCGCAAGCCGAGGCUGCCUACGGGCACUGUCCCUAGCUCUGCGGCCUGCCUUCUGCACACCUGGCGAGUACCUCAUCCACCAAGGCGAUGCUCUCCAGGCCCUCUACUUUGUCUGCUCCGGCUCCAUGGAAGUGCUCAAGGGUGGCACCGUGCUUGCCAUCCUAGGAAAGGGCGAUCUGAUUGGUUGUGAGCUGCCCCAGCGAGAGCAGGUGGUAAAGGCCAAUGCUGAUGUCAAAGGUCUGACAUACUGCGUGCUACAGUGUCUGCAGCUGGCUGGGCUGCAUGAGAGCCUUGCACUGUAUCCUGAGUUUGCCCCACGCUUCAGCCGUGGCCUCCGAGGGGAGCUCAGCUACAACUUGGGUGCUGGAGGCUCUGCGGAGGUGGAUACCAGCUCCUUGAGUGGGGAUAACACACUCAUGUCUACACUGGAGGAGAAGGAGACAGAUGGGGAGCAGGGCCCCACAGCCUCCCCUGCCCCAGCAGAUGAGCCUUCCAGCCCCCUCUUGUCCCCUGGUUGCACUUCUUCAUCCUCAGCUGCUAAGCUGCUGUCUCCACGUCGAACUGCACCCCGACCUCGUUUAGGUGGCAGAGGGAGGCCAAGCAGGGCAGGGGCUUUGAAAGCUGAGGCUGGGCCUUCUCACCCACGGAAACUAGAAGGGCUGCAGCUGCCCCACAUGCCAUGGAAUGUACCCCCGGAUCUGAGCCCCAGGGUUGUAGAUGGCAUUGAGGAUGGCUGUGGCUCUGACCAACCCAAGUUCUCUUUCCGAGUGGGUCAAUCUGGCCCAGAAUGUAGCAGCAGCCCCUCCCCUGGACCAGAAAGUGGCCUGCUUACGGUUCCACUUGGACCCACUGAGGCGAGGAGCACAGACACACUGGACAAGCUGCAGAAGGCGGUGAUGGAACUAUCUGAGCAAGUGCUGCAGAUGCGGGAAGGGCUGCAGUCACUCAGACAGGCUGUGCAGCUCGCCUUGGUGCCCCAGGGGGAAGUCCCAUGUCCUCGAGCAUCAGGAGAGGGGCCAUGCCCAGCCAGCAUUUCUGGGCUCCUGCAGCCUCUGCGUGUGGACACUGGAGCAUCCUCCUACUGCCUGCAGCCAUCAGCUGGCUCUGUUUUAAGUGGGACCUGGCCCCAUGCUCACUCAGGUCCCCCUCCUCUCAUGGCACCCUGGCCCUGGGGUCCUCCAGCAUCCCAGAGCUCCCCUUGGCCUCGAUCCACGACUUUAUGGACCUCCACCUCAGAAUCAGAGCCCCCUGGCUCUGGAGAACUGUGCUCUGAACCCAGCACCCCGGCCUCACCCCCUCCUGAGGAAGGGACCAGGACUGGGCCCCCAGAGCCAGUGAGCCAGGCUGAGGCUGCCAGCACUGGAGAGCCCCCACCAGGGACUGGGAGCCAGGCCUUGCCCUGGGACCCCCACAGUCUAGAGAUGGUGCUUAUUGGCUGCCACGGCUCUGGCACAGUCCAGUGGACCCAGGAAGAAGGCACAGGGGUCUGAUUGCCAGCCCAAGUUCAGUACUGCAGACACUAGUACCUGUCUAACCUCAGGACUCUAAGCUGAUCAAUGGCUCGAGACAGUUGCUGGAGAAGAGGGCUUGGCGCUGGACCUCAAGGGUAUGCUAGGGCCUUGAGGAGUCCACAGGUCCGACUUCUGGGCCCCUCCUCUGCCUGCUUCACUGACCACCUCAUCCUGCUUUGCAGGCUGCAGGCAGAGAACAAGGAGGAGCUCUGCUGUCCCUUGCAUGUGCCCGUCUCUACCUGUCCUUACAUUUUUUUUUAUAUUAAAAAAAUAAAAGAAAGUACUUUGGAACUCGG